UAUAAAUAAUACAGUUUUAUUCACAACUUUUUAAUCACAGUAUAUUUUUGUUAUAUAGUCAUUUACAAGUUAACAAGGAAACGUCGAAAGUAUACCCGGUGUUUGAUAUUUUGUAAUUUGCAUGUAUGCAAAUAAUAAAGUUCGACCAAAAAGUAACGACAAUUUCUUUAAAAUUUAAACGCUUAAAUUACUUUGUGAAAAGCAAUGAAAAGUAAUGUAUAUUCAGCGUAAUAUUUUGCGGAAAGCAAAACUCUCUAAAAAAGUUAUUUUUUCUGCCAACAUUUCUUAAACAUAUGGGAAAUAUUUAUUUCAAAGCAAUUUUUAUAAAUUUACUAAAAGUAAAGCGACAAUUAUUUUAUGUAAACAUGAAAAUCAAUUCAAAUGUAACUAAUAAUUCUACUCUAAAAAUGGGAUCACGUCGAAUUUUCACUCCACAGUUUAAACUUCAAGUGCUGGAGUCAUAUCGUAAUGAUAUUGAUUGUAAAGGAAAUCAGCGAGCUACAGCAAGAAAAUAUAAUAUACAUCGAAGACAAAUUCAAAAAUGGUUACAAUGUGAGUCCAUUUUAAGAUCUUCUGUUGCUAACACAGCUCAAGUUUCUAUAAAGCAAUCAUUUAAUAACAAGAAUCAAAUUAACAUGGGUUCUACAUCUGCAUCAUUUUGUCCUAGUUUUGUUGAUGACAAACAAUUUACAGCGCGAUCUACUCUUAAUGAAAACGAGGUAUCAAAUAUUUAUACAAAUGCAUCAAAUGUGCCAAUAAUAAACACAAACGAAAUAUUGAGGAAUAAAUCAGUUCGAGAUAAUUCAGUAAAAAAAAGUAAUUUGUUGUUGAAUUCACAAUCUUUAAGUUCUAGAUCAAAUGUUUCUUUAAUACGACCCAUUGCAAUGGGAAUACCAACACGAAAUAAUUCGUUGUUAUCAAUUGAUUUACAUUGCACCCAGCCAGAUCAUCGAUACAUGUUGCCAUAUACUCUACCUACAUUGCAUUGCCAGCAAAAAUAUACCAGUUUGCCGCCACAUGAUCAAUCUGUCAUGUAUGCAACAAUACAUAACAAAAUAUUAGAAAAUCAAUCAAUAGAAAAUAUGUCGAUUAAAACAAUAACUAAUGAAAAAUCUGAAUUGAGGCACACACAAGAAUGUACAGGUACUAAACUGUUUGCGGAAAAACAUCAAAAUGCGUGUAGUAAAAAUUUGUACAACUUCAAUGGAAAUUUAUGUACAUUUGAAAAUAAACAGCAAUAUUUUGAAAUCACUAAUGAUUCUUCAAUUAUAACAACAACACCAAUAGACUUAUCUCUUGGAAUACGAAAUAAAAACAAUGAAAGUAAUCAAAUAAUUUCCAAAAAUUGUUAUAACUAUUUAGAUCAAAAACAAUUAACUUUAUAUUGUUCUGAAAACUUAACUAAAAAUAAUUCGAAUACACAUAAAACAUUUAAUGAACAACAACAUAACUUUAUAAAUGAAGUAGUUUCUAAUGACCAAAAGCAAAAACCAGAAGAAUUAUAUAACAAGACAACGACGGUAUUUUCGAGAUCUAUUAAGCAAACAAAAGAAAAUUUUGAAAAUUCAUUUAAAAGCGAGAAGAAAGUUGAUGUUACAAGCAAUAGAAUUAUAUCUAAGCCAGUGAAAUUAUUUAAACCAUAUUUAUUGGAGGAUGAAAAUACAAAUGGGAAUGAAAAGACAUUGAGAGUAGAUAAUUCAGAAAGAAAUGAUAAUCAAGAGACAAUAAUUUGGAAUAAGCUUCCUAAUAACACAUCUUUGCGACUAAAUAAUUGUGAUAAAUAUCAAAGGGAAGAUGAAACAAACUUUAGCUGUUUUAAUAAAAAUUCCCUUCAAUUAGAAAAGGAGAUUUUAUUUAAAAAAAGGUCAACAGGUUUUCAAAGUGAGUUUUGCUCAUCUUUAUCAACGGGAUUAUACCCAAAUUUAUGCCAAUAUCCCAAAGAAUUUUUUGGAUCAGGAUAUGAAAGUUGCUCAUCUACUUACAGCGAUUCAUCAUGCCGAAGUGAAUCAUGUCUUCUUUCAAACGAUAGAACCUACAGUAUUGAUAUUGAAAUGCAAACAUUUUAUGAUAACGUUAGAUCUAAUCAAAUACAUUUGCAAGAUUGGCUAAACCAGGGUAGUAAUAUAAAUGCUUCGACAACACCUAACACUUCCAUAGCGUUAUAUGCAUAA